GGCCCGUUGUUGAUUGUUUCCAUGUUCUUUUAGGACUUCCAUAGAAAGAAACUGACAGUGAAAUCAAUUUAAACUAGGUAUGUCUAAGCAAAGGGAAAAGUCUCCUAUUGUAAUUAGUGGUACAUCCAGGGCAUAUCCGACAAGAACGAUCCUGGGCUUUGUAGACAUAAAUUGGUUUUUGAUUGGAGUUUGAAUGCAUUCAGAUGGCUCUACUGAUGUGAUUUCCCAUACAAUUACUUCUGUUAUACUUUGUGAAAAAGAAGAAAAUAACACAGGCUAUCCAAUGCAGAAAAUUUAGUGAACAAUGUGACAUUUUAGAGUGACAUGAGAAUCUUUAAAUAGUCCUUCAUUGCUAGAAUGGAAUCCACCAGCACCACGAAAAGCAGACAAAUAAAAAGGACCAAAAGGUAGGCAACUUCUCAAACAAGGGAAAGACUUCGAUGAACACCCACAAAGUGCAAGGUCUUGAAGCUCAUUGGUUAUACUUUGUAAGUAAGAAGAAAUUAACACAGGCUUUCUAUGUAAAUCCAGAAAAUAAGGCAAGAAAGUUCUAGUGAACAAUGUGAAAUUUUAGUGUGGCAUGACAAUCUUUAGAUAGUCCUUCAUGAUAGGAUGGGAUCCACCAGCACCACAAAAAGCAGACAAAGAAAACGGACCAAAAGUAAGGCAACUUCUCAAAGAAGGGAAAGACUCCAAUUAAUACCCCCAAAGUGCAACGUCUUACAGCUCAUUGUUUUGCUUCCACAAACUGAGGUGAGUUCGCUUGUGUGGGAGUGAAGCAACAGAAUUAGAAGAAAAUGGCAACUGUGAUCAUCCCGGAGAAUCUGCCGGUAGGAUACAGAUUCCACCCGACCGAUGAGGAAUUGGUCGAUCAUUACUUGAAGCUGAAAGUGCUCGGAUUCAGAGACAACAUCUGCAUCAUUCCUGAGGUCGAUAUCUGCAAGUGGGAGCCUUGGGAGUUAGCACAAAGAUUUAAAGAGCAAUCAAUCAUUCCUUCUGAUGACAAAGUUCAAGAGUGGUGGUUCUUCUGUCCAAAAAUGCCACAAGUUCGAAGAUCGACUCGUCUGGGAUUUUGGAAGAAGACUGGUGUUGAUAGGUCUAUCAAAGCUAGAGACAACAACAGAGAGAUUGGUACUAGGAAAUUAUUAGUCUUUCAUAAAGGUCGGAGCCCUAAGGGCAUCAAGACCAACUGGGUAGUCCACGAAUAUCAUCUGCUUACCGACAAUCUGGAUGAACUGUUUCCACACAAUCUGACCAAGAAUUACGUCCUCUGUCGCUUAAAGCUCAAAGGAGAUGACAAUUCCGUUAUUUCAACCAUACAAUCAAGUGGAGCCAUUAGCUUGAUUGACUCUGAUUCAGACCUUCAUCAACCUGAACCGGAGAACUCAUUUUCGGUACCUUGGAUUCAGGUAGUGGGAAACUCACCGAUUAGCAUGGAUGACUGGGAUUCAGACCUACAUCAGCCUGAACCUGAGAACUCAUUUUCGGUACCUUGGAUUUCGGCAAUGGUAAACUCACCGAUUAGCAUGGAUGACUGGGAUUCAGACCUACAUCAGCCUGAACCUGAGAACUCAUUUUCGGUACCUUGGAUUUCGGCAAUGGUAAACUCACCGAUUAGCAUGGACGACUGGGAUUCAGACCUACAUCAGCCUGAACAUGAGAACUCAUUAGCGGAACCUUGGAUUCAGGUUGUGCGAAGCUCACCCAUUAGCUUGGUUGACUUGGAUUCAGACCUUCAUCAACCUGAACACGAGAACCCAUUAUUGCGAUGGAUUCAGGCAGUGGGAAACUCAUCCAGAGAGCCCUCUGUUCAGCAGGAUGACCAAGUUCAGGUCACUACAUCAAUCUUCCCGCAGACUUCUUUCCAAUCAGAAAAUGUCGACUUCGGGACCAACUUCCAGGAGCUUAUAGAUAUCAGAAGUCCAUCUUUUGCGAAAUUCUCAUUGGGCAAUGGAGAUGCUUUUAUUGAUGAAUCCGACCAGUUGCAAUUUGGCUACUUUGACAGAGAUCAAAUGCAAACACAGUAUGGCCCAACACGUAGCUCAGAGAAUGAACUUGCUCUGAUGGAGAAUCGGCGAACACAGAUAAUCGAAUCACUCCAUGGUGUAGUUCCACUAGACGAAAAGAAAGGCUCAAUAGAGAAUAAGUUCAAUGGCUUACACAUCUCCUCUCCGAAACAUAUGGAGCCUCCAAAAAAGACUGAAAUUGCAAGGACAUACAGCACUGAUGAAGAAUCGUUGGUCGAAAAGGUUGAGAAGCUGGAACUUGCAGCCAGAAAUAUCAAACUUGAAUGUGUAACUCUGGAUGAAUUAGAAGCCAAAGCAAAGGUAGGAGAAAGCAGAGAGCACAGUGCUGCAUCAAAAUCACCCCAAAACAAGCACAACAAAGGAAUUGAACAGACCACAGAGAAAUCCAAUUCAGUGCCUAACAUGAGAGGAACAAUCACCAACUGCACAAAGCUUUCCACUGUUCCUCUACUGUCUGGCCAAACACCUAGCUCGCGUGAUGAUCAUGCUACAGCGGAGAGUUGCCUGUCAGCAACAAUUGAACCACUCCAUAGCCAAACAUCUACUUCACAGAACAAAAAUGCAAUGUUGGAUACUCGUCGAACACGAACAAUUGAACUUCUCCGUGGACAGGGGGAUGUUCCUCUGGAGAAAAAGAAAAGCUUUGUUGGGACUGAGUCCAACACCUUAAAUGUCUUGCCCCAGAGACGUAUGGAGCCUCAGGAAAAGACGGUGACUGUAAUAACUUCCAGCAAAUAUGAAGAGCCAAUGUUUGGAAAGGUCAAAAAGCUCGCAGCCAGAGAUAUUAAACAAGAUUGUAUAUCAUUGGAUGACUCGGCCGACAAAGCGAAGUUGCAUAUUAAGCAUGUUCUAGUGGGAAAUCCGCGAGAUGGAACUGUUGAACCGCUCAAUGGAUUUGUUCAUCUGGAGAAGAAGAAAGGCCUUGUUGAGAAUAAGUCCGACAGCGCACACAUCUCCUCCACGAAAGAUAUGGGGCUUCGAGAGAGGGAUGCGGGUGUAAGAAUUGACUGGAAAGAUGAACCUCUGAGAUUUGAAAUGCUUAGAAAGCAAGAUCUGGCAGCCAGAAACAUCAAACCAGAAUAUGUACCUUUGGAUGAAUCAGCAGCCAAAGCAAAGCACGACCAAUCAAAUGGAGCUCAUCUGGAGGGAAAGAAGGGCUUUUCCGAGAAUGAGUUCAAUGGACGGCAGAACGUCUCGGCAAAACAGAUGGAGCAUCCGACAAAGGCUGUGAAUGCAGGAAUUUAUUGCAAACCCGAAGAACCGAGGUCGGAAAAGGUCAAGAAGCCAGAACUUUCAGCCAGAGUGAUAUCAAAACCAGAAGGUUUGCCUUUGGUUGAAUCAGCAGCCAGAUCAAAGUCAGAUAGGCGAAAGCAACGAGCUCAGUGAGGAGACUGAACCAGCCAGAGAGCAAUCAAUUUCGGCUAUUACAUUGGCUGGAUCAACAACGAACAUCACAGAGAUCUUCGCAAUUCUCUCGAUUGUGAAUCUUACAAACGUGAUCAUAUUUCUGAUUUUCAGUUGCAUUUCUCUGAACUUGAGGUUAUGAUGCAAGCGUCUAGUUUAAUUUGUGUAUGUAGUAUCACUUGUAGCUUGUCUUCAUUUGGAUAGCUAUGCCCUGUACUUCGUUGUCAUCUGUAAUGGAAUGGAUUAACUCUUGCUAAAAGCUUUUGCCAGUUCCGCAAGUGAAAAACCGAACUCUAGAUGAUUCUCCUGACAGCGUU